GGGGCGGGCCGACGCAUUCGCGGGACCAACUGGAGGCCGGCGUGGGGUAGAGGCAGCUGGACCACCGUUGGAACCAGGGCUUGGUGAAGGUGCUGCCAGGUCUCUCGGAGCCAGACCGAGGGGGGGUCGCGCGCUCCAGGGCGGGGAGCCACCAGAGGCGGGGGGUGGCGACAGGGGCUCCCGAGGCCUCCUUGGGCCGCGGCGACCGCCCGCGCCUCCCUCCUAACCCCAGGUACGGCACUGCCUGUCCCACCCCCCCCUUCCGCUUCCGGGCCCACCUGACCCGCCAUAUUAGUUCCGACUCCGCCCCUCCGUCUCAUUGGCCCGUUUCCAGGCCGACUCGCAGCUCAUUGGUCCAGCCCUCGCACCCAAGUCAUCCAGGCCCAGCCUCGGGCCUUCUUCGCCUAACGUUAGGCCCGCCUUCUCUAGGCUCCACCCUCAUUCCCACCCUCCUAAGCCACGCCCCUAACCCGUACAACGCUCCUAGGCCUAGUUGGGCCCACCUUUCCAGCUGGUAGGCCGCACCUACCCUGCAUUGCCCCGCCCCUUUGCUCUAGGGUCCGCCCAUUUCACCCACUGCGCCCCCUGUCUCCCGUUCGUGCAGGACCUGAGCUCCCUCUAGACUUUAGACCCCUCCCACACACCCAACUCGGGAGUCCUACUAGGCCCCGUCCCUUUCUUAAGCCCCACCCAAGCCUUUCUAGGUCCCGCCCACAGUCCUAGCCCCUAGCAUCCCUUCUCCCCAAGGCUCCACCCCAGAGCCUGGUCCUGGCAGGCUCCACCCCCGCCGCACCUCAAGCCUUGCUCCCUGUCACUGUCGCGCCUGGGUGUUUACCUAGCCCUUAGGUGAGUCGUGCGCGGUGGCGGUUUCGGUCUGAGCCGCCCGCCUCUUCUCUCGGUGCGUUCCUCAAUCCCCGACAGCACGGGGUGGGGGCCCAGACCAAAGGCAGCGGGGUCCCCAGCCCGGAUUCCGCCUCGCUGCUGCUGCCCGCGUCCUCCGCCCAUACCCCAGACGGCAACGCGGUCGUCCCAGGACGCGACGACAUGCCCGAGCUGGUGGUGACGGCGCUCUUGGCGCCGUCGCGCCUCACUCUGAAGCUGCUUCGUGCCUUCAUGUGGAGCCUCGUGUUCUCGGCGGCGCUGGUGGCCGCAGCUGUCUAUGGCUGCAUCGCCCUCACGCACGUGCUGUCCCGGCCCCGACGUGGCUGCUGCGGGCGCCCCCGGCGUACCCCACCCGCCUGCUUGAGCGACCCCACGCUAGGCGAGCACUGCUUCCUGACUCUCAGGAGUUCGGGCCUGCGUCUGCACUAUGUCUCCGCUGGACGGGGCAACGGGCCCCUCAUGCUGUUUCUGCACGGCUUCCCUGAGAACUGGUUCUCCUGGCGCUACCAGCUCCGGGAGUUCCAGAGCCGCUUCCAUGUGGUGGCUGUGGACCUGCGGGGAUACGGCUCCUCUGAUGCACCAAGGGAUGUGGACUGUUACACCAUCGACCUGCUGAUGGCAGACAUCCAGGAUGUCAUUCUGGGCCUGGGUUACUCCAAGUGCAUCCUUGUGGCCCAUGACUGGGGUGCACUCCUAGCCUGGAAUUUCUCCAUCUACUACCCAUCCCUGGUGGAGCGGAUGGCAGUGGUCAGCGCUGCCCCCAUGUCGGUGUACCAAGACUACUCUUUGUGCCACAUGGGCCAGUUCUUCCGUUCCAACUACAUGUUCCUGUUCCAGCUCCCCUGGCUGCCCGAGAAGUUGCUGUCCAUGUCUGACUUCCAGAUCCUGAAGACCACCCUCACCCACCACAAGAGGGGCAUCCCACACUUGACCCCCAAUGAGCUCGAGGCCUUCCUUUAUGGCUUCUCACAGCCCGGUGGCCUCACUGGGCCCCUCAACUACUACCGAAACCUCUUCAGGACCUUCCCCCUGGAGCCCCAGGAGCUGGCCACACCCACCCUGCUGCUGUGGGGGGAGAAGGACCCCUAUUUUGAGCAAGGGCUGGUGGCGGCCAUCAGCAGCCGUUUUGUGCCAGGCCGGCUGGAAGCCCACAUCCUGCCAGGCGUGGGGCACUGGAUCCCCCAGAGCAACCCUGAGGAAAUGCACCAGUACAUGUGGGCCUUCUUGCAAGACCUGCUAGACUAGGGGCGCUCGCUCACUGGCUUGCGUGCACCCAGGCGUUCUCACAAUGUAUUUACAUGGGUGAACUUCUGAUGCACACAGGUGUGGAACUCCUAGAUUGCACACAAGUGCGUCUGUGGGUGCCCGCAGGCACACCAUCCCCAUAUGCUCACACACAGUCAUGAGUGUAUGCAUGUGUGAGCAAGCACUUUGACCCCAGGAACGAGGUACGCCUCUCUGUGGAGCUGGAUGCUGGGUGUCCUAUCUCUCCCCUCCAUGAGGCCCCGCUCUUCUCGCCAAAGGCAGUGCCCAGAGUUGCAUAGACCAUGAACUCUGACCUGGCUUCCACCUCCAGUCUGAGUCUUCAGCUAAAUACUGCUCUGUCCAAUAUAGUACUGGUAGCCACGACUGGUUAUGUCAAUUUA